GUAUACAAGUAAGAUUACAAUUUACUAGAAAUAAUGUAGAAUAUUCCUUCUUUGCUGAUAUAUUGCAUAUUGUUAAUAUUAAUAAUAUAUAUAUUGUUUUUUUGAAAGUAUACAUAUAUUCAUGUAUGACAAUGUUUCUCGUAUUACCAUUUUUACCAUGUAUCAUGGAUAUCGUAGUACCAUUGAAUGAAUCUCGUUCUUUAAAACCAAUAUUCAAAGGCGAAUACUUUAUCAACGAGGAUGAAAAUUUUUUUCCAAUUUAUUUACACAUGAGCGUAACUAUAGUAAUUGCUAUAACAACGUUAAUUACAGCAGAUAAUCUAUUUCUUAUGUGUAAUUCACACAUUUGUAGUAUAUUUGCAGCAGUUGGAAUCAGAUAUAAUUACAGAUUUCGUUUGGAAAAUUUUUUAAAGGAUCAAACUGAUUCCAUAUCUUCCUUAGAUCAAUUAUCAAAUCACAAGUGUUUGGAAAAUAUUCGCUAUUCUAUAAGAAAUCAUGCAAAUGCAUUAAAGUUUGCUGAACUCAUUGAGUCUUGCUUCUCAAUAUCAUUACUUCUACAAGCUGGCUUAAGUUUGGUUUGUAUGAGCAUCUCUUUGUAUCAAAUACUAAUAGUUCUUAAAACAUCAGCAGAAUCGGUGAGGUUUGUCAUUUUUGCCAUUGCUCAAUUGGUUCAUCUUUUUUGUAUGUGUUAUCCUGGUCAAAGAAUGAUAGAUUAUAGCACCGAUAUACGUAUUAAAGCAUACAAUGGACUAUGGUAUAAAGCACCAUUGGCAAUUCACAAAUUUUUAAUAUUGAUAAUACGAAAAAGUUUGGAACCAUCUUGCUUGACUGCUGGAAAAAUAUUUGUAUUUUGUUUAGAAAGUUUUGCUACAAUUUUACAAACUUCUACUUCAUAUUUUAUGGUAAUUUCAUCCGCUCAAUAA